AUGGCUUCCGUUCCGUCCCCCCUCAUUGCCGUCGUGACCGGCGGCAACCGUGGCAUCGGCCUGGCCACCGUCCGGGCCCUCGCCGGCGUGGCCGACACGGUCAUCAUGGGCACGCGCAGCCUCGAGGCCGGCGCCGCCGCGCUCGAGACCGAGACGCUAGCCGGCGUGAGCAACGUGGUGCCGAUGGAGCUGGACGUGGCGUCUGACGCGUCGGUCGCCUCGUUUGCCGACGCCGUCAAGCUCGCCUACGGCGCCGUGGGCAUCCUCGUCAACAACGCCGGUAUCAUUGGCGAGGAGACGUUCGGCACUCCGCUGCUGGAGAGCCGCAUCGAGGACUUUACGCGGGCGUUCGACGUCAACACGCUCGGCGCCAUCCGCAUGAUGCAGGCCCUCGUGCCAGACAUGGUCGCCGCCAGCUACGGCCGCGUCGUCAACAUCUCGUCGGGCAUGGGCCAGCUGAGCGACAUGGGCUCGGGUACCAGCCCGUAUCGCCUCUCCAAGUCGGCGCUCAAUGCCGCCACUCGUGUCCUCGCCAACGAGGUCGAGGGCUCCGGUGUCUUUGUCGUCUGUACCUGCCCAGGAUUUGUCGACACCGACAUGACCAACCACCGUGGUCACAUCAAGCCGUCCGAGGCCGCUGAGAACAUCGCCUACCUCGCCACUCUCCCCAGCGAUGCCGCAGACCAUUCGGGUGGCUUCUUCCGUAACAAGAAGCGGAUCGACUGGUAG